AGUCUGUUUAUUCAAAGCUAUAUUCCUGACUCCAUAAUAGUGGCUUACAUGGAUCCUCAGCACAUAGCCAUCACCAGUGAUGUCAACAGUAUACUCAAUGAAGAAACUCCCCAGAAACUUGGAAUACUCAUCAAGCAAGGCGAACAAAUAUCCAGUUUAAGCCAGAUAGAGUCGUUGAUAAUACCUUUGGACUCACUAGAGGAAAACGAUGCUUUCAACAAGUUGAGAUCCAUAGUAAAUUUGGGGCUUCUUCCUGUGUUUGAGAUGCUCAGUUUGGGCAAGAAGGCUAACUCGGAGUCUUUCAUUAACAUUACCAGGAAAAAGUUCAACGAGUUGUCUGCUUCGUUGCAAAAUUUACAAGAGAAGAUCCAAGUUCCUGACCUUUUACUUUCAGUACAUCCAGUCAUCAAGCAAUUCGAUACAGAACAGGACAAUUUCGAUGAGGCUCUUUUGAAUGAUUCUCAUCUUCUCAAUGAAGUGACCAAUAUUGUCAAUGGCUGGACAAAGCAAAUACAGUCGAUUACUAGCUUAUCUUCAGAUAUAGCUAACCUAGCGUCUAUAUCAGAAGAAAUCCAGUUUUGGAACUCUUUAGACAUAUCAUUGACUUCUGUGGAACAACAAUUAAGUUGUCCUCAGGUGAAGAACUCCAUAAACUUAUUGAAUAAAGCUAACAGAUUCCAUAUCACUUUGUCAUUCACAAACGACUCAAAUAUCUCAUCCAAAAUAAUAGAAGCCAAAACUAAUCUCUUGAUAUGGAAGGACUUCCCAUUGACGGAAAUGACCAACAUAAAUCCCAAGGAUUCUGAUUGCUUGGGAAAGUUCAAUGACCUGGUAUCUGGCAUAUUCAAUCACUUGAAGAGGCUAAGGACUAUUAGCAAUUUCCCUUUGAGUAAAGGCUUGUUAUUGACAGAGUUGAUAUUGAAAGACUUACUUGCAAAAUUUGCCCAUUUAAUUAACAGUUUGAACCUUAUGAACCUCGAGUUUGAAGAGUUUCUUCGCAUAUAUGAAGGUGAUAUAUCUAAUAUCCUCAGCACUAUUGACUUAAACCUUAAGUACAUGGUCAAUUUGAUCAGAGAACUCUUGAGAAAGAGACAAGAGAAGUUCUUCAUAGUGAGAGUUAAUCAGGAGAUGUUUGACCAGUUCAAGCACAGACUAGAGUUUUUGAAGACAUUCAGGGUGAAACACGAAAACAUCUUGUUCGUAAUACGAAACUUUUUACAGGAUUUCGACCAAGAGCCUAAAUUGAUGGAUGACUAUAAUAGAUUAUCAGUGUUGAAUCUCUUGGAUUUUUCCAAGCAUGGCGUUUUUCUUUGGUCUAGUUCAGAACGUCAUUACAAUAACACCUAUUCCCAGAUCCAAGAGUCAAUUACUUCCCAACUCAACAAUUUAUUCAUCCAUUGCAGUAACUUCAAAGAUUUUGUUACCGUGGCAGAAAAGUACAAAUAUUUGAUGAUAGAGAACACAUUUGAUAUUCUGUCACUUAUGAAAGAAGACCUAAGGUUGAAGAUUCUAGACAUAGCCAGAACUGAAAUUUUCAACUUGAUCAAAUUUGAUACCAACUACAAUGAUAAGCUCGAAAAGUCUUUGAACUUGUUCGUUAAUUCAUACCAAACUCAGGUGGAGGACUAUACAGUUACUAGAUUCUUGAGAGCUCUCGAGCGAAGAAAUAAAGUCUCGUUUUAUGAUGACAAUUUGUCUUCUUUAGUUGGGAAAGACUGGUUCAAAUACUCUAUAGGUGGAAAGUUGAAAGACCAGAUGUCGAGUUUUUUGAUAAAAUUUGACCCCGAGGAGAUUUUCAAGCAGUUUUUGUCCCAUUUGAAGGAGUACACAGACAACAACAAAUUGGAAUUGAAGGGAAAUGUAUUUAAAAUCUCAAAUAACUCUGACCUUCUCUUGAACUUUAAUCCUGAGUUCUUGGGGUUAAGAGAUAAUCUAAAGUUUUUUCGGGCAAUAGGGUUCAAGAUCCCAGUCACUAUUUUGCUUGAGUUCCAGAAGCUCAAUAGAUUAUUGCCAAUGAUAAACGAUUUGAAAGAAAACAUCUUAACUGUGAAACGAAUAUUCGAUAUCACUUUAAGAAAAGAAUAUUUCAGGAAAUUUGAUCCUUUGCUAGAGAUUGACAAGCUUCGGUUAAGCAAGCUCUUAGUUUCGAUGGCCAAGGUCCAAUGGGAACACUUGACACAAGCAUUUGAAAUCCAAGAUGUCAUCCUUCAGGAAGAAAGUGAAAUCUCAUCCCUUGGAAUUGUCCGUGAGUUUCAGGCUUGUAUAAAUAAGUUGACUCUCAAAUUGAAUAGCCUUUCCAGAACUCAGGUGUUUUUAUCAAACUCCAUCUAUCAUAACCUCAAGACUUGCAAGUUUGAUUCUGCUUCUAUCGAGUCUGGUUUGGUUAUUCUAAAAGAGAGGAUUUCUGAAUUGUACAGCUUUGAGAGCACUGAGAUUUUAUACAAACAGAUCAAUGAAGAUAUCAAGGACAUUCUUUUAGGAAGAUGCAAACAAGAAAUUGAGACAUACUCGAGAAGUAUAUCAACAGACGAUCUGAGUUCAGAUGACGAAGACUCGCAUGUCGCUGAAUUCAGCAACUCAAACCAUUACUUUUCAGUUGGUUUUCGCAACCAUUCAAUGGUAAUGGAGCCUUCUACUGACGAAAUCAGGAGCCGAUUGCUAGCUAGUAUCAAUGACAUUGUUGCAGUGGUGGAAUAUCAAACGUUAUUGUUAGGUGAAAAGGUCGAGCUUAAAACUGAAAAACUUUCAGAGCCUCUUGCGAACGCAUUGGCUCAAGUUGAUCAAUUAUCUGAAAAGAUUGAAGUCUACUUCAGUGACUGGGUUCGUAUAGAAACCAUGAUCAACAUGAAUGUCGAAAAUAAUGUCGAAGUUGACAGGUUCGCCCCUCUUGAUUCACUUGAGGAUUGGUGCACUUCGAUGCAAAGACUUUUAAAGUUGGGAGACUUAUUUGACAGCGAUAUUGUCUCGUUUGGAUGCUGUCACAUACUGUUGAAGGAAGUUCAAUCUAAAGUAUACUUGAAAUUCACCUCAUUUCAAAGAUCUAUGACAAAGGUGCUUGGAGAGGUACACUACCUGGAAGUCAACCGGUUUGAUAAGAAACUUUCAGAUGCCAUUACUUCCUUGGGCUUUGACACAAUGGAUACCAAGAAUUUUACUAAGAACCUUUUGACAUUUAUCGAAAUCAGAGGCUUUAUCACUGGUGAAUGGAAGAAAAAACUAGACUUAUUGGUAAAUAGCUCCAAGCUCUUACCGAAGUUCAACUUCAGAUACCCACGUAAGUGGAUUUACCCAGAACAGAUAGAGAACAAGAUUGCUUCUAUAAGCUCGAUAAUGGAGAAGAAGCAGUCCAUUAUUGAUGAAAACCUCGAAUUUAUUAAAUCCAAAAUCGUAGGUUAUGUGGAUGAGCUUUCAGAUCACAUUUUGAAAUUCAAAGACGACUGGUCUUUGAAUAGACCCAUAUCCGGGGAAAUGAAUCCAGUUUUGGUUUUAAAUUCCUUGAGUAAUUUCAAUCGUGUAUGUUCUACUUAUGUCGAUACAAAGGUGGAGUUGUCUGUAAUCACCGAGGCAUUUGAACUUGACAUUCCUGAAGUAGAUAUUGAAGUUUUAAAAGGUAUUUUAUCCGAAAUCAUUGAUUUCAAGUAUGUUUGGUCCUCAAUCAAUUCAUUACAUGAUCAGAUCGAUAAGUUGAGAAAAGUCAAGUGGCAGGAUGUGAAGACAAGGGAUAUAAGAUUGAAACUUGAACAUUUGUUGGAAGAGUGCCGCCUGUUGCCCAUAAAGGUAAGACAAUAUGCUGCUUUUGACGAGGUCCAACAAAUGACCAAGAACUUGAUGAAAAAUCACAAGCAUCUUGUUGAUUUAAAGAACCCGAACUUGAAAGAUCGCCAUUGGAAGCGGUUCCUUUCCAUGAUUAGUUACAAUGGCAAGAACCAUCGUUUACUUACCUUAGGAGAUAUCUGGGACCUCAAUCUCUCCCUUCACGAAGUUUCAAUUAAGUCCAUUAUCACACAAGCUAAUAAUGAAUACACUUUAGAGGAAAACAUUGAGAAGAUCAAAGAGAAUUGGAAUCAGAUCACUUUCGAAUAUUUCAACUUCAACACUAAGUUUAAGUUAAUCAAGUCCUGGGAUUUGUUAUUUGAAGAGUGUAAUAAGGACUUGAACGAAUUGUCCAGUAUGAGAAAUUCGUCAAGUUUCGGAGCAUUUGAACAGGAAAUUUUUCAGAUAGAAACCAAGUUGAACUCCUUGUACGUUAUUUUGGAUUCGUGGAUCGAAGUCCAAAGACAAUGGGUAUACUUGGAAGGCAUCUUUGGGUCCAAAAAUAACAUUGCUAGUCUUUUGCCUGUCGAGUCUGCAAGAUUUAACAACUUGUCAUACAUUUUCUUUGAUUCAAUGAAGAAAGUAUACAAGAUUGAAUUAGCCAUUGACGUUCUUCUUAUUCCAGAUUUUGGAGGAAACUUAGAAAAAUUGUUGGAAAGCUUCUCCAAGUUACGAAGAUCUUUAUCUGAUUUCUUGGAAAAGCAACGUGAAAGUUUUGCUAGGUUUUAUUUUAUGGGAAACGAAGAUCUAUUGGAAUUGAUCGGAAGUGGUGUUAAUUUCCAGAAAAUAAAUACUCAUAUCAACAAGUUGUUUUCUGGUGUUGCUUCUCUCCAGUUUAAUAAGGAAUCAUCUUCAAUCAUAUCGGUUUCCAGUGCACAGGGAGAGAUUUUGAAGCUUAGUGAGCCAGUCUCCUUGAUCAAGUAUCCAAGUUUAGUUGACUGGUUAGGCCAAUUGGAACUCGAAAUAAAGAUAUCUUUAAGAUCUUUGGUGAGCAGUAAUAUUGAAGGUGUUCAAAAGUUCUAUGAAACUCCAACCAUGGAAGCUAUCAGUAAAAUUGUGGACGAUAUUCCUUGCCAGGUUUUGACUUUAUGUUGUCAAAUUAUUUUCACUAAGAUUGUUGAUAAUGGAAAUACUCCCAAAUCUACCAUAAGUCAAAUCAUAGACAUUUUGAGUGGAUUGGAAACCCAUGCAUCUUCUUUGAAGAGAAACAAAAUUGAAAACAUUAUUGUGGAAGUUAUUCAUCAAUUGGAUGUUAUUUCGCUCUUGGAAACCAAACCAAAUGACAAGUCAAAUAUAUUAGCAAGUGAGCUCCUAUAUGUCUUGGACAAUCAAGAGUCUGAUCCAUUGAAAAGCUUGAAAGUGAAGCAGUUUGGGUAUUCUUUUGAAUAUGGGUUUGAGUACUUGGGUGUACCACAGAAAUUGGUUCACACUCCCUUGAUAAGUAACUCUUUUGUUGCUAUGACACAAGCAUUGGGACAAAAACUAGGUGGUUCUCCAUUAGGGCCAGCUGGAACUGGUAAGACCGAAUCAGUGAAAGCUCUUGGAGAUAGUUUGGGUAAAAUGGUUACAGUAUUUUGCUGCGACGAAUCAUUUGAUUUCCAGGCCAUGAGUCGUAUCUUCUUGGGACUUUGUAAAGUUGGUUGCUGGGGAUGUUUUGACGAGUUUAACAGAUUGGAUGAAAAGCUAUUGUCAGCUGUAUCUUCACAGAUAGAAACAAUCGAACUAGGUUUGAAAAAUCAAUCAGCCUUGAUUGAGCUUUCAGGGAAGAAUUUGUAUGUCAAUCCUGAAACUGGAAUAUUUGUAACAAUGAAUCCAGGAUAUGCUGGAAGAAACGAAUUACCAGAGAAUUUGAAGAAGCUUUUCAGGAGUUUCUCAAUGGAAAGGCCAGAUAAAGAGAUCAUUGUGGACGUCCUAUUAGCAUCUAGAGGUUUUAGGAACACCAAAGAGAUAGCAAAGCUCAUAGUUCCGAUGUUUCAAGAUUUUGAAAAGAUGCUAUCGAAGCAGAGCCAUUAUGAUUUUGGACUCAGAUCCCUUAAGUCUGUUCUAAACAGCUGUGGAAAGUUGAAACGUUCCACAAUGAACGAUGCCAAUGUGACAGAGACCAUGAUAGUAUUGAGAAGUAUUCAAGACAGUAUACUCCCAAAGUUGACCAGGGAAGAUGAAGUAAUUUUUAACUCUUUGAUUACCAAGUACUUCUCUGAUACAGGAGUCGAAGAUUUUGAAGAGGAAAAGCUUGUUGAAACCAUUAAAAAGUUGGGACAACUCAAAGGGUACAAUAUGAGUGGCCCAUGGUUAAGGAAAGUGUUACAACUUGAGCAAGUUCGUACUAACCAUCAUGGUAUAAUUUUGAUGGGUGAUGCAGGAGCAGGAAAGACCAGUUGUUGGAAGCUCUUACUCGAGUCUUUGAAAGAAUGUACCGGUCAGGAUUACCUCAGUUACAAAAUUGAUGCUAAGGUAUUGAAUAAAGAGACCCUUUAUGGAAAGUUAGACCCAGUUACCAGGGAAUGGACAGAUGGCUUGUUGACGAGUAUUUUGAGAAAGAUCAAAGCCAAUAUGAGAGGUGAGAUGAAUAAGCUAUCAUGGAUUGUGUUUGACUGUGACAUUGAUCCAGAAUGGGCAGAAAACCUCAACAGUGUUCUUGAUGACAAUAAGAUCUUGACUUUGCCCAAUGGUGAAAGGUUAGCACUUCCAGAUAACGUCCGAAUCAUCUUCGAAACCGAUAAUUUGAAAUCCACCACACUAGCAACCAUCAGUAGAUGUGGAAUGAUUUGGUUUGACAAGGAUGUAAUUGAUACCUUUUCACUUUUGGAACAAAAACUACACCAGUUCUCCCAAAAGAGCUUGCUGAUAGACGAAACUGAAGGGGACGAGUCUCAAUGGUUAAAAUAUCAGAGAAUGUUCCUGGAGAGAGUCAAAAUGGUCUUGUUGGAAGGAACAUUAGGCACCAUAAUCCACGAGUCUACUAAACUCGAUCACAUCAUGGAUUACAACAUCCACAGAUAUAUCACAUCAUUUAUUGAUUUCAUCAAGUCUUACUGCCGAAAAUUGAUCAAGUGUGAUUCCAAAGAAGAAAUCCCCGACCCAACUAAGUUCAUCAACAAGGCAAUUCUAUUAUCACUUAUUUGGUCGUUCGCAGGGGAUAGCUCUUCGAAAGAGAGGGAAGGGUUUGGAAAUGUGAUUCAGAAGCUUUCAUGCUUUCUGAAUGUUGAUUCUUGUGAUGGUGAUUUUGCUGACAAUGAUUUGGAAAUUGGUACUGGUGAGUGGAUUAAAUGGAGCUCGAGGAUCCAGCCUGCUGAUUUAGAACCUAGCCAAGUAUCCAAUCCCAAUACAGUUGUACAAACAACUGAUACAGUUAGACACAAGAGCUUGAUACACUCGAUUAUGAAUGAGCACAAGACUUUACUUCUUUGUGGACCACCAGGUUCGGGUAAGACUAUGACAUUCCUUGAGGUUCUUAAAACAGCACCAAACCUCGAUAUUUUACAGUUGAACUUUUCUAAAGAGUCUUCACCAGAAUCAUUAAUGAGAUCAUUGAAACAGUAUUGUGAAUAUCAAAGAACUUCAAACGGUAUUGUAUUCUCCCCCAGAGUUUCUGGAAAGUGGGUGGUUGUAUUCUGUGAUGAAAUAAAUUUGCCAGGCGUUGACAAAUAUGGCUGCCAAAAGGUAAUAUCGUUGAUGAGACAAAUGGUGGAGCAUAGGGGAUUCUGGGAUCCAAAGGAAAUGCAAUGGGUAGAAAUGAAAAACAUCCAGUUUGUGGGUGCUUGUAACUCACCAAAAGAUCCUGGUCGUCAAAAGUUGUCUAACAGAUUUGGACGUCAUGUCACUUUAAUCAUGGUGGAUUACCCUGGUGAGACUUCAUUGAACCAGAUAUACGAAGAGUUCAACUUAGCCGUCAUGAAGUGUGCUCCUGACUUGAGAGGCUACACCAAGUCCGUCGUCAAAGCAAUGAUUUCUGUCUAUUUGAAGAGUAAAGAAAGAUUGACUCCUGAUAUUCAGUCUCAUUAUGUCUACUCUCCACGUGAGUUGACAAGAUGGACAAGAGGAUUAUUAGAGGCAUUAAAGCUGAAAAUUUACACAAAUCUACCUGAUUUCAUUAGAAUGUGGUAUCACGAAGGUCUUAGAUUGUUCUACGACAGAUUGGUUUCGGAUGAUGAAAAAGUUUGGACAAAAAGUCUUUUCGAGGACGUUAUCAAAGAAUGCUUUCCAUUUGCUGAUACUAUUGUAAUCAUGCAGGAGCCCGUUCUCUUCUCCGACUGGCUCUCUCUGAGCUAUGAGUCAGUUAACAAAGCAGAAUUAAACAAGUUCAUUUCUCACCGUCUUAUGAUAUUUAGUGAAGAAGAAUUUGAUGUUGAUUUGGUCUUGUACGAGGAUUUCUUGAUACAUGCCCUCAGAAUCUACAGAGUUUUGAACCAGCCUCAGGGUCAUAUGAUUUUAGUUGGAGCGUCUUCAAGUGGUAAGACCACAUUGACAAAAUUUGUUGCUUGGAUGAAUGGAUUGAAAAGUGUUCAAUUGAAUGUUCAUUCUAAAUAUAACAUCAAUGAUUUUGAUAAAAGCUUGAGAGAAAUCUUGAUCAGAUGCGCAAAAGGUGAACGGAUAUGCUACAUUAUCGACGAAGCCAGCAUAAUGGAGACUUCUUUUAUUGAGAGAAUGAAUACCUUAUUGGCAAAUUCAGAAGUGCCUGGACUUUUUGAAGCUGACGACUUCAAGAAUCUAAUGAAUAUAUGUUUGGAAGAAUCCCAAGCCCAGGGUUUACUUUUGGACUCAGAUGAAGAACUAUAUAAGUGGUUUGCACAACAAAUAUCCACCAACUUGCAUGUUGUUUUCACAUUAACUCAAUUGAACAACUCAGACAGGUUGCAGAUGAUAUCCUCACCUGCAUUAUUUAAUAGAUGUGUUUUGAGUUAUAUGGGAGAUUGGUCUUCCAAAACUUUCCAAGAAGUUGGCUCAAGGAAGAUAGAAAGUAUUCCGGUGGAUGUACAGAACUUUGAGAUUCCCGAAUCUUUCCCAAAGAACAUAAGCAGUUUCCGAGACAUCUUAAUAGAUAGUCUUCUAUUCAUUCAUAAGUCAGUCGAAGAUAUUCAAACCUCACUAAAGUUGGAACAGUAUCCCAGUCAGUUCAUGGCACUUGUUUCUCAUUUUGUAUCAAUAUUUGAAACCAAGCAAUUUGAGCAAGAGGAAAUUCAACGUCAUACAACGACUGGUCUUAACAAGCUUCGUGAGACAGUCUUACAGGUUGCUCAAUUGAAAGAACAACUUUCAAAGAAGCAGAAGGAACUUACUGCUAAAGACAGAGAAGCGAGAGAGAUGUUGAACGCGAUGUUACUAGAACAAAAUGAAGCAGAGAGAAAGCAAGAGUUUUCCAUAACUGCACAACAGGAGUUGAAUAAACAGGAGGUAGAGAUAGACAGAAGAAGAAAGAUAGCAUUGAAGGACUUAGAAGAUGCUGAGCCUGCGGUUUUGGAAGCCAGAAAGGGAGUUCAGAAUAUCAAGAAGCAACACUUGACUGAAAUUCGAAGUAUGGCCAAUCCUCCUGCUGCUGUGAAAAUGGCCAUGGAAUCCGUUUGUAUCUUAAUUGGAUACCAAGUAGCCAGCUGGAGAGAUAUCCAGCUUGCUAUACGAAAAGAUGACUUUAUCCCAAACAUUGUCAACUACAAUGGUGAGCAACAGUUGACAGCAGACAUAAGGAAGUAUAUGACGGAAACGUAUCUUUCGAGACCGGACUAUACAUUUGAAGUUGUCAAUAGAGCUUCCAAGGCAUGUGGACCAUUACUUUUGUGGGUGAAAGCUCAAUUGACGUAUUCAUCAAUUUUAGACCGAAUUGGGCCUUUGAAAGAAGAAGUCGAUAUCCUCGAGAAUGGGGCCAAGAAGACGAAAGCACAACUCCAUGCUUUGAAAGAUAUGGUUGGCGAAUUGGAACAAAGUAUCGAAAAGUAUAAGAAUGACUAUAGCUCUUUGAUUCGUGAAACUGAGCAUAUUAAAAUGGAAAUGGAGACAGUGGAGGCAAAGGUCAACAAGAGUUUCAAGUUGAUGAAGAGCUUGACCAUAGAAAAAGACAGAUGGAAGAAGUCUACGCAAGAAUUCAUAAAGACCAAUGAGAGAAUCAUAGGUAACUCGAUCUUAGCGUCUGCCUUUUUGAUAUACUGCGGUCUGUUUGACCAAAAAACCCGUCAAGCUUUGAUAAAAAUCUGGAAGAAACAGUUGGAUAAAAUUGGAGUCAAGUACGACAAUAUGAUAUCUAUUUUGAAUUUGCUCCCUUCGAGUGCUCUUUCUUUGGAGUUCUUGAACGAGAGGUCAUUGGAUGAUUUGGUUAUUGAAAAUGCCACUCUUGUAAACAACAGUCGGAUUCCGCUACUCAUUGAUCCAAGUCUCCAAAUGCUUGCAGUGUUGGAGGGGUUUAUGCCAAAAGAUAAGUUGGUCGUGACAAGUUUUUUGAAUGAAUCCCUUGUUAGAGAUUUAGAGAACGCCAUUAGAUUUGGUGGGUCGAUCUUGAUUAAGGACUUUGAAAAUUAUGACCCAGUGUUGGAUCCAGUAUUGAGAAGCGAGAUCCAUAGAAAUGGAGGGAGAAGAAUGAUCAAGAUACGGGGACAACUCAUCGAUUAUGACGAGAAGUUCAAGUUGUAUCUUCAUACGAGAAAUCCUUCUGCAAGACUAACACCAUUUAUCGCUUCAAGGGUGACCACCAUUAAUUAUACCAUCACCAGCACAAAUCUUGAAUCUCAAGUCCUCAACUUAGCUUUGAAACACACAGAGCCAGAAAUUGAAGAAAAGAGAGCUACUUUAAUUGUGUUACAGUCUCAGUAUAGGUCUAAAUUGAAGACAUUGGAAACUGAGCUAUUGGAUGCAUUAGCAGAAGUUGGAGGGAGUAUUCUUGAUGAUGAUAAGGUGAUUGAAUAUUUGGAGAUGUUAAAAGGAGAAGCAAAUACUAUUGAUGACCAGAUACAAGAGUCUAAGGUUGUUUUGGAAGCUAUCGAUAGAUCAAGGAGCAAGUUUUUCGACGUUGCAUCCCAUUCAUCCCUGAUUUUUGAGCUUUUGAAGGAAAUGAUUAAGUUUAAUCCCUUAUACAGGUUUACACUUGAUACUUUCACCAGGAUAUUCUUGGAUGUGUUGAACAAGACCAAGGAAUUAGUCGAUAUGCAGUCAAUGAUUUUGAAUUUAUAUAAGGAGGUGUUUGCAGUCAUCUCUCCAUCAUUGAUGGGAGUCGACAAGAUGGUUUUUUCUUUGGGUUUGGUAUUACUGUACUACUCCAAAGAAAUCGGACCCCAUUUCACAGUCUUUUUCAAAAGCAUUUUCAGGUUUGCUAGUUCCAGAAAAAACCUUGAUGUGGAAGAACUCUUCAGGACGCUCUUGAUAGAGUCAGAUAAGAAUGAAAUAUCGGUGAUUUUGGAGGAUAACUCAGAGAACGAAGUAAUCAAGUUGUUGAGGCAUGUGGUUUUGGCUGCAAACAACUUCGAGGCCUCACCAUCUAACUUUAUUACUUCACUAGAACAAAUAAGCACCUUUUUGUUUUCCGGCAUAGGUCCAAACAGCUCCAAAUAUGGCCUUGAAUACUUUAUCGAAGUAGUCCACGAUCCCUUACUUCUAAGCUCAGCAGAAGGUUAUGACGCCACAUUCAAAGUGGAACAACUAGCAGCUAGUAUGAACAAGAAGCUCGAUAUCAUAUCCUUGGGCUCUAAAGAAGGUAUCGCGUCUGCUAAGAAAGAGAUCCAAAAUGUAUCUAUGAGAGGAGGAUGGCUAUUAGUUCAGAAUAUUCAAAUGUCUCCUGAAUGGCUCAACAGCUUGGAGACGCUUUUGCAAGAAACAAGUGGUUUCCAUGAAGAGUUCAGGCUUUUCUUAACUUGUAACUUGGAUUCUAGGAUUCCAGUGACCUUAAUUAACAACAGUCAAGUGAUUGUGUUUGAAAGUCAACCAGGAUUGAAACGUGCCAUGAUCGAGACUUUUAAUGCUUAUAGUGCAAGUGCCCUUGAACAAAAGCCACCAGAAUAUAGAUACAUCUAUUUCUUGUUGGCUUGGUAUCAUUCGCUUGUGCUUACUCGAAUGAGCUACGUUCCAGUGUCCUUUGCUCAGAAGUACGAUGUCAAUGACUCUGAUUUCAGUGCUGGUAUGAAGUCAAUUGACAAGAUCCUUGAACCAGAGAUGAAAAAUGGUGUACAAAAUAUAUCAUUAGAGCUGGUAUCGUUUGAAAGGAUAAGCUUUAUAAUCGGUAAGAUCAUUUACGGUGGAAAGGUUGAUAACGAAGGAGAUUUGGAAUAUUUCACCAAUUUAGCUGAAUACUUAUUUAGUAUUUCAUCUUUUGGAAUCGAUUUUAAUGUUCUUUUCAAUGACACCAAUACUAAAUUGCCCAAACCAGACGGAAUCUCCGUACAAGUUUACCAAAAGUGGAUUGAAGAGUUACCUGAUCAAAUUCCUUUAAGCUGGAUUGGUCUAGAUAACAAUGUUGAUAAGUUUAUGGUGAUGAGACAAGGUAAAGAGAUUUGUGAUAAAAUUGUUCAACUAUUUUGAAUAGAGAUAAUUUAAACAACCAAUUUCCAGUACUGUAAAAUUAUGUAUUUGCUUGACUAUACAUAUUUAACAUUAUAAUUUACAAUGCUUUUCUUAUUAUGUCUUUAAAAAUAUUUUUGAGUAAUUAGGAAUAACAUUUAAUAAUUUAUUCGUCAUCUUCUAAGGUUUGAGCAGCAAUACGGUCCAAAUCUCUUUGACCAUCGUCAGAGAUCUUUCUACCACCCUUUGGAGAGAUUUCAACAACACCAAUCUUUUCCAAAGCUUGCAAAACUCUUCUGUUGACAGAACCAGAAGCAUCAGCGUGCUUGUGUGGUCUGAAACCUCUGUUGAUAGCACCACCGUAUAAUUUGUUCAACUUACCGACACCGACUUGCUUUCUCAAGUAGAUGUGUCUGGCAACAGAAGCAGCUCUUUGGUAGAACCAAGUUUCAGAUUGUUGUGGUGGUAAUUCGUUACCGGCAGAAGUCUUGACAAUGUCAACGUAACCUGGAACUUCCAACUUACCUUGACGUUGCAAGAAUUGAGCAUAAGCGUUGAUGAAGUCUUGAGCUGGAACGUCUCCUAACUGAUACACCGGCCAUCUUGAUAGUUAAUUAUUUCAAGUAUGAAUCUAU